UCCGGCGCUACCGCUAGGACAUUUCGUGGUUGAUCUCCCCGGACUGGCCCUGCUGAUCUCCCCCAUGGUCUCUGUCUCUAUGUAACCCCUAUAUACUCAGACUGCGGGGGGUUGCAAUUAGAAAAACUAAUUGAAGUACAUGAUUGUAUACCGUUAGUACAUCAUUGUAGAUGUAAUUAUUUCCUUUGCAGUCUCGUGGAUAAUUAAUUAAUCGUCAUUUGAAUUUUGCCUAACCAAACAUGCAUAACCAAACUAACCAAACAUUGGAAGCUCCGUACAAACGAGUCCAAACCUAGUGGAAACGAUAGAGAUAGUUAACUCUGCGACAAGGAAUCACCUGUUGGCUGUCUACAUACAAAUCAGGUCUUUCAGUGUCUGACAUAUUUUGGAGACAGGAAUUAGGUUUCCCCGCGCCAUCCACCAAUAAGUUUUGGUCUCACGUAACAGACGAUGUUGGAGGACAUGGUCAGUGUCUUCCUCUGGAGCACCUCCACAUGAACCUGGCUCUCAUUCGUUUUGUAUUCGAGGAACUGGCAAAUUUAUACUGCACACGUUCGGUCUCGUGAGUUAAAGAGCGCAAUGGAAAUUUGCAUAGACUCCCUUCAAUCUGCCCAUAACGCGAUUCGAGGUGGUGCCACACGACUGGAAAUUUGCUCAUCUCUUUCCGAAGGUGGGCUGACCCCCACCCCAGGUUUGCUUCACGUUAUCAAAUCUUGCAGUUCGCAAAUUCCCCUUUACUGCAUGAUCCGCAUAAAACCUGGCAAUUUCGUCUACACAAGAGAAGAAAUGGACGCAAUGAUUUUCGACCUGAAAAUCCUGAGUGAACAUGGGGCCGAUGGAUUUGUGUUCGGUGCGUUAACGGAAAAUUACCAGAUUCACAAGAAUUUCUGUAGAGAGAUCAUUUCCUCCGCUGCACCGAAGAGAGUAACGUUUCACCGGGCGUUCGAUGAGGUUCGGGAUCCUCUUGAAGCCCUAGAGGAUGUAAUCAGCCUCGGUUUCGAGAGGAUCUUAACGUCGGGGCAGAGGAAUACAGCUGUAGAAGGAUUGAAUUUGAUAAAAAAAAUUGUAGAAAUAGCAGGAGAUCGUAUUGUCGUAAUGCCGGGGAGCGGUAUCAACCCGGGGAAUAUAUCCGAAAUUAAACGGAUAUCGGAUGCUAAGGAGUUUCAUGCAUCUGCUAAAAUUAAAAUCACUGAGACAGAAACAGUAAAUAAAGUUAAAAUGGCCGAGACAGAGAGCGUAAUCUUUACAGCAAGUGAAGAUUUGGUUAGACAGAUGAUUCAGGCCAUCAAUGAAACGUGAUUACGGAUAUUUUUCCAUUGAUUUCCCCGUGACAACUCGGUAAAUCAGCAGAAAUCAUUUAUUUCAGUUUCUAAAAAUUGGCAGUUUGCGUACUAGUAUAUUGGGCACUAAGGGCGAAAAGUCAUGUUUUUUUUGCCCGGGGCUCACAUGCUGUUUGUCAACACACCUGCUGAGGAAAGUUCGUCCUUGGCUGCCUGAACAGCGCGAGGACACUGAGUACUUUCCUCCCCAGGGCAGGAAGUGUUCACUUUCCUGCCGCUCAUCUGGAGGCAAAUUACAAACUUUCUGUACAGAUGUGUUGGAAAAAUAUUAAUAGCAGAGACGUGAGAUUGAUCCCACGUCAUCUUCCUAAUCAAUAGCUAAUUAUUAAUAAUUAGAGACUAUUUUUUAUAAACAUUUAUUCGGAUUCAUCUUAAAAAAUA